AAACAAACAGCAAGUGCUCCUGCAGGAGGAUCUGCUAGAGAUUAUCACACUUUUUCAGUACUUCAAUUCCACAUUUCUUUAUUUUCUUUGUGUACUUUGUGAAGUGAUAAAAACUGUAGCAGUUGUUAAUUUUGUGAGGUGCGCUUUCACUUGCAGUGCAGUUUACUCGCAGAUUCGUUUUCUCGCUGAAGAAGUAGCCCGAGUUGGAGUUGCCCAUCAGUCCCAGCAGCCCAGCCCUCCUCUCUCCAAUUCCCAUUCAUAACUUCUCAGCCCCACGCAAGUCCCAUUCAUCCUCAGAGGAAGAGGUGAUUCAACUAUAAUAAUGAAUGGAAGCCAAUCAAUUCUCCUCCAAUAUGUGUCUCUAACCUCACCGAAUUGAUUUGACGAUCGGUAUCAGGUUUUUAUUGGACAGCAAUCAUGGCCUGUUCGCAACCAUCCAAUUCAUCAAUUGUAGAUUUUGAGGCUUGGCCUGACAGAUCCGACUGUCUCCCCUCCGAAUGUCUCACAUUAGAUUUUGGAUCCUUUGAAACUGUGCACAGAUGGAAACGAAUGCCUGAAUGUGAUGAGUUUGUUGGUGCCAGACGGAGUAAGCAUACUGUAGUUGCAUACAAAGAUGCCAUCUAUGUUUUUGGGGGUGACAAUGGAAAAAGUAUGUUGAAUGAUCUAUUGAGAUUUGAUGUGAAAGAGAAGUCAUGGGGACGAGCGUUUCACAUGGGCACUCCACCAACCCCUAGAUAUCAUCACUCAGCAGUGGUUCAUGAAAACUCAAUGUUCGUGUUUGGUGGUUACACAGGCAAUAUCCAUUCAAAUUCUAAUCUUGCCAACAAAAACGAUCUUUUUGAAUAUAAAUUCCAGACGGGUCAAUGGAUUGAAUGGAAAUUUGUAGGCAGAACACCUGUCCCUCGAUCAGCUCAUGGUGCAGCAGUUUAUGAUAACAAACUAUGGAUUUUUGCAGGCUACGAUGGUAAUGUGCGUUUAAAUGAUAUGUGGACUAUAUCUCUGCUACCAGGUGAAAAUCGAGUAUGGGAGCCGGUUGUCCAAUCUGGAAACUGUCCACCGACUUGUUGUAAUUUCCCUGUAGCAGUCGCAAGAGAAUCUAUGUUUGUUUUCAGUGGUCAAAGUGGUGCUAAAAUUACAAACAGUUUAUUUCAAUUCCAUUUCCAAGAAAAGUGCUGGACUAGAAUUUCCACUGAACACAUAUUAAGGAGAGGUCCACCUCCUCCAGCUCGACGAUAUGGUCACACCAUGGUUGCAUUCGAAAGACACUUAUACAUGUUUGGUGGGGCAGCUGAUUCUACUCUUCCAAAUGACCUUCAUUGUUAUGAUUUGGACACUGUCACUUGGUCCAUCAUUCAGCCAUCAGCAGACAGCAAAGUUCCAUCGGGGAGACUUUUCCACGCAGCCGCUGUUGUUGGGGAUGCCAUGUACAUUUUUGGUGGCACAGUUGACAACAAUGUGCGAAGCGGAGAAAUGUUUCGAUUUCAGUUUUCUUGCUACCCAAAAUGUACGCUUCAUGAAGAUUUCGGCAAAUUGUUAGAGGAGCGUCAGUUCUGCGAUGUAGAAUUCAUCGUUGGACCAGAUGAGGUUGUUAUUCCAGCUCAUAUAGCCAUAAUUGUUGCAAGAUCCACUUACUUGCGCUCACGAAUACGGCAAGCAAAGAAUUUAAGGGAUAAACAGCUUGAAAAGGUUCAUGGCACUAAUGAAAUUCUACCUACAGAUAUUCCAAAAUUACAAGUUCAUUUGAAAAAAGCUGUGCCAGAAGCAUUUGAAAUGGUGCUCAACUACAUUUACACCGACUGUAUUGACCCAACAGAAAAAAUCAAAGAUCCUGUUUGCAAUCGAAUAGUUCUCUUGAUGAUGGACGUAUAUCAGUUAGCAGUACAGCUUGACAUGAAAAGACUGGAACAAUUGUGUGUGCAGUAUCUAGAAACAACCAUUAAUCAUCAAAAUGUUUUGGAGGCUCUUCAUAAUGCAUCACUGUUGAACCUGUGUUUCAUCAAAGAAUAUUGCCUUAAAUUUAUUGUGAAGGAAUCGAAUUACAAUCAAAUUGUUAUGAGCAAAGAGUUUGAAACACUGGAUCGUACUUUGAUGGUUGAAAUCAUAAGACGGAAACAAACGCAGAAUUCAGCUCUCCACAAUAAAACUUUUCUCCAAGAACCUACGUACGAAGGGACCUCUCUUGAGAAUGACAUGGAGAUGUUAUUGAAAUCUGCUGGCAAAGAAUUCUGUGAUAUUACAUUAAUGUUAGAUGGAGUGCCUGUCAUGGCGCAUAAAUCUAUUUUGGCAGCUCGUUGCGGCUACUUUGAGGCAAUGUUUCGUUCAUUCAUGCCAGCAAAUAAUAUUGUCCAAAUACAAAUUGGAGAAAUGGUGCCAUCAAGAGAGUCGUUCGACUCCCUCUUAAGGUAUAUAUAUUACGCUGAUGUGAAUAUGCCAACUGAAGAUUCAUUGUACCUUUUCAGCGCUCCUUAUUUCUAUGGGUUCACUAAUAACAGACUACAGGUGGCAAAGCUGUCAAAAAUACGAUCUCUCAGUCGGGAACUCCUGUUAGCCAUUUUAGAGGCACUUGCAGAUGAAAUGAGUGAAACUAAACUGACGCAAGAUGUAGCUGGUGCUAGCAUCACUAAUAAUACUUCAUACUAGGUUUAGGUAUUUUUAGACAACUAAAUCAAAGAUCUUAUUAGAUGGCAAGAUGAAUUGUCAUCAUAUUAAUGUGAUUGUGAUCUUUGAAUUGUGUUCAGAUGAACUUUGGGAAAAUUUCAUCACAAGUUAUGAAAAACUCGAAGAUAGAAGUGUCUCAUCGGUUUUUGGUAAGCUGUUGAAACAGUUCUAUUAAAAAGUGGUAUCUAGAUAGCAUAUUUGUGGUUUUACCAUCGUGCGUUGAAAUUCAGCAAUCAGCAUACAACUUGACACCAAGUUUUUUUCCCUAUUAGGGAAUAUCAUGCUUAAAUGAGCUUUUUACCUCUGUAAUGAGAAUGUCAGUUGUACUUUCUGAAUUUUAAGGCACGGUGGUAAAUCACCGUCACUUUGUCUAAAAACGACUUGUGUUUUGAUCAGAAAUCUGUGCGUAAUAGAAAGUAGUAAUGAGAAGAAGACCCUUACAGAGAGCUAUCAACGUUUUCGGAGCUGGCAAAAAUGAACUGUUGCCGUGUUUAUCAGUAUUAUGAGCCAAGCAACCCCACGGACAGAAAUUUGAGACAACAAUUCUUUGACUGGGAGUCUUCCCAGUUCCGAUAACUCCAGCUGUUCCUGACAACAGUGGCUUUACCAAAGUGAUCGAUAUUUCGAAACAAACUGUGUAGCCCACCUACAAGGAUUUAUGUGAACAUUCCUACUUAAACACAUAUUCCGAAUACAGCGCAAGCCACAAGAAACACAUGGCCUUUUGUUACAUGGCCACAUGAUGAACGGUAAAGUUUGCAUUUUUCUUUUAGUAUGUCGGUUUUUCUACUUUCUUAUGAUGAUCAAAGUUUUACCCUAUUGUGUUGUCUUGUGAUAUAUUUUUUCAUUAAUUUAAUGAUAAGCCUCCACUUUCUGAGGCUAUGGUGCUCAUUUAAGGUAGCUACAUAAUAAUAUUUGUUAGUAACUAUGUACCGAUGUUAUAAAGAUGGCUGUAUAGACUCAUAUAAACAAACCUGGGUUUGGUCAGACUUUGGUAAUGGUCUGAUUUCUGUGCCAAACUGUGAAAGAAGUACAAAUUAUUACAUUUUUGUUUGGAUCUGCUUCAGAAGGCAAGUAAACAAGAAAGAUCUUUAUGAGAGCUAUUUUAAGAUAGGCUCCUGUGUUUCAAUUUCCCGUCAAAAUUUUAUGCGAGAUGCUCCUCGUAAUUGGAACACUUGAUACCUACUUUAAUUCAUGAAGAAACUCUCUAGGUUAGGAAAACAUUAAUUUUCGAUGGAACAUUUGACCCUUCCGUCCUAGAAUACUAGGCAUUCCAAAA